CAGCUGGCGGCUUAGACGCUUUAGCUGGUGGUGUUAAUUGAGCGAAGGACAAACCUAGGCGAAGAAGAUCACUAAGUCGGGAAAAUAAUGGAUCAAGGAGAGGAGAUUAAUGAUCAAAGUGGAGUAGAAUUAGCUGAUACAAGAGAGACUGAGGCAACUGAAACAGUGAAUGAUGUGGUGACAGAAGAGAACAAGGGAAAGACCACGGGACAGACCACGGGAAAGACCACAGGAAAGACCAUGGGAGAGUCCAUGGAAGGGACCCAGCAGGAUUUCAAAGAGGAGGGGGGCCUGGAGAAGCAAGAGCAUGACAGAAGCACCCAGGAGGAAAGUAUGGAGAGGGAGAAAUCACCGAGUGUGUACUUAGAAGCCCCCAACACAAAGGGCAAAAAAGUGAGAAUGGGGGAGACCACACAGAGUGCAAAGGAUGGGCUACCCGAAAACAGGGGAAAGCCCCACUGGUGGAGUGCAAAAGUUGUGGAGAAGGAGCCCCGCGCCAGGCCAAUGGGAAGGCCGUUACCGCAGACUGAUUUCCCUUCAUCUUAUUUGAACAAAAUAAAGGCCAUAAAGGAGGCUUUGAAGACGACAGUGGCAGACCUUACAGCCAUAGUAAAAGUUACGCUUAUUCCUGUGGACCAGAUAGUUACAUUUAAUUUUAAAAUUGAUGUCUUCUUAAAACAACUCAAGGAACACUUUUCACAGCUCUUAAAUAUACCGUCUAAAUAUCUACAAUUGACGUACCAGGGGAAAACUCUGAAAAAUUCUGAAACCUUAAUGCAUCUUGGAGUUAAUCCAGAAGACGUUGUAAAAUUGGAAUUAUAUUCCUCAAAUCCAACUCAUUAUCCAAUCAAAGCAGUAUUUCGAAAAAUGCAGGGUAUUCGCGAUAUCAUAACUGUUAGAGUGCAAUCUGGUGUUAGAAUGUACCAAGAUGUAACUGUUGAGAUUGAAAGAAUUGACUUCCACAAACCAUUUCUGGGUGGAUUCAGACAUAAAAUAACAGGAACAGAAUAUCAUAAUGCAGGGACACAAACAGCACCCAAAAAACUACCUAUAAAAACGAACAUCUUUUCUAGAGAGACCCAGACGGUCACUGAGAGAAAAAAGCUCAUAGCAACUACAAGCAGAACAUCUACACAGAUGACUAAAAUUGGUGUGUAUGUGUCUAAUAUGACUGAUAAACUGAUAACUCCAGGAAAAUAUUUUACAGCAGCUCAAUAUCAUGCACGAAGAUUGGCAGCGGUAAUAGUGAUCCAAAAAUAUUUCCGAAGGUGGCAUGCCAAAAAAUUUGUAGAAAACUUAAGAGAACAAAAAAGAAAAAGGUUGGAGUGGGAAAUGCAAGAAAAAUUAAGGAAGGAAAAGGCAAAGAAAGAGUGGCUGCAAAGAGACUAUGAUCGGAGAAUAAAUCCACAAGCAAAUGAAGACUUUGAACUUCUUUUCCAUGCGUUGGAAGUUUGGAGGCAAGAACAGCUCUGUCACAUUGAUCAGAAUUUCACUGGGGCUAAAAGGAAAGCUGCUUUAUGUGAACUUUUAGAAAAAGAAACACAAAUAAUUGCUUCCAUUGGGAGGCAAAGAAUCCUUGCCAAUAAUCGGAAGUAUGAAAAGUCAAUAUUCACAUUCUUGGAUAAGUGUUCAGCUCCAAAGAAGUGGAUAUCAUCUGAUGACAGAGAAAUAUUAAUGGAUACACAAUAUACUAUCAGAGCCAGAGAGCUGCAAGAUAUCUAUAACUGCAUUAUAAUUAAAAACAUCUGUGAUGAUGAGAGGCUAGAUGUGCUGUUAACACUGAAACACACUGUAAAGGAACAUGAAUGUAAACUGACCCAGGACAUCUUAGAAUUGAUUGACCGAGAGGUUGAUCUUAUGAUGAGAGGAGUUAAAAGCUGUAAUCUUGAAGGACUCAGAAAAAGAAUAGCUACACUAUUUCUUCAAUACAUUAAAACACCCUUGUUUAAUCCUGAAGUUGCCAGAUACCUUAAGGUUCCGCAAGAUCCAACAGAGUUUUAUAAAAAUACUUACUUUUGUCGCAGUUGUGAGUUGUAUUUGCCAUCCACAGAGUUCUCCAUCUCGUCCACUUCCUACCAUGUUAGCAGAUGUCGUCAGUGCUGUACGCUUGACAAUGAAGCCCGACAGCGUGAGGCAUUUUUGAAAUACAAGUUUUUACUCAAACAGCUCUAUCAAUCAGAAGCUGAUUAUGAAGAUGAUUCUAAGAUUGCUUAUCUGAUGCAGCUACAAGAUCUCCAGUACCUGAUUGAGAACAUUUGGGCUUCCCAGUCAGCCCUCAGCGCCUGGAGUGAUCUCUAUGAUUUGGUCAUUGUCAGAUGGAACAAAACCCAGGAAUGGGCACCUUGGAACUGUAUUCUCCUCACUAAAGAUGAAGCAAAUGCUCAUCUCAAGAUGAAGAGCCUUGAAGAGGGAUAUGAACCAGUGUUUAUUCACAAGAUCAACCAUAAGCACAUUCUAGCUAAGAACUAUUUUUCUCAGAUUCCAAUGAUGGCUGCAUUUUUACAUGUUUAUGACACUGAAGAUGAAGCAAAGGAGAAAGAAAGUAAUGAAACAAAGGACAAAGAAAGUAACCAAACAGAGGAGGAAACAGAUAAGGAAACAGUGGUGUCUGUAAUGCCCAGGUCUACACCUAACGAUACAGAGGCGGAAUGCCUUCCACAUUAGUGUUUUCCUCUGUGACUAAUUGAGUAACAUGACUGUAAUGCAAGUAAAGGAAAGGGUUUGUGCCUUUUUGUAGCAUUUCUUAAUUACUAAUCUUUGGGAAUGGGAUGAGUUUUAUGAAGAUAAAACAUCCUUACAUCAAAUGUUUUAAUGUUGGUCUAUUCGUUUAAAAUCAGCUUUUGUAACCAU